GCAGAGGCAGAGGUCCGACGUACUCAUACUUUGGCUCUCAAUUUUUGGGGGCCCCAGCGCCUGGCGUCCAUGAUCUCCGCCCUCAGCGCGCUGGUGCCGGAGCUGGGGCGCAGCCUUGGCACGGGCCUCGCCGUCUGGGCGGCGCGCGGCGACCCAGCGGUCUGCCCCGUGUGCACCUGCGAGCCCACCUUGCAGUGCCCCGACUUGCACUGUCACUGCUCGGUGCUGCGGGGUGACUCCCAGUCCGGCCCCUCCACCGCGGUGCUGGUGGCCUGCGUGGUGGGUGCCACGCUCGCUGGCGCCUCCGUCGGCGCUGCGGGCGCUUGGGCCGUCCUCCGCCUCCGCAGCCUUUCUGCCGGCCCGUCCGCUGGCCACGCCGAGUCCGACGAGCUGGGCGAGGAGGCGCGGGCGCAGGUGAGGGCGCUUCCGCAUCCCUCGGUCGCGGCGGCGGGCGUGGCCGUCGGGGACUUCAUCGGGGUGCAGCACAGCGUCGCGGGCAGAGCGCUCAUCCACGAGCGCGUCGUCGUGGCCUUGAACCCCGGUGCGCCUGGCACCGCGUCGAUCAUCACGGUGGACGGCGACGAGUGCGACGAGCAGCUCGUCGGCACAGCGGACGUGCGCCACUGGGAGUUGCUGCUUGGCGGGGCACCCGGCGGGGUUUUCCCCAGGGCGCCCGCGGCGAGGCACUCCCGCUUCAGGGCCAUCCCCACGGCGGCCGCGCUGACGGCCGCGGCUGGCCGCGCCUGUGCCCGCCAGGGCUUGGCUGCGCCUGCCGGGCCCGUGGUGCCCAACGUUGCGGGGAGGGUGCUCGCGGGGGCCGCGCCCGCGGCGCCGGCGGCGGGCGUCCCCGCCGCGCUGCCUGGCGCUGCACCUGGCCCGGAGGCCGGCAGCCUCGGCGCCGUCGUGGCCGCGCUCGGGGGGCAUGCCUGCGGAGCCGCUGAGGGCGCGCUCGCACUGGCGCCAGCCCCAGCUGCCGCCGCUGCUGCCUGCGGCCCCGCCGCCCCUGGGGCCGAGGGAGCCCUCCUCGCGCCGGCGGGCCCCUCUGCGCUGGCCGCGGCGCCGGCUGUGCUUGCGGCCGCCGCUGGGCAGAGGGUGAUGCCGCCACUCGCCAGCCCCGGCGGCGACGCCCGCAUCUUCGCCAUCGUGAGGGAUGUGCGAGGCGUGCGGCACGCGGACUUCCGCAGCAUG